AUGUUUGACGAAUACCUGCACAUGGGCGAAACGACUGCCCUACAGAUGUUGAGGCAGUUUUGUAAGGGCGUUAAGGAUAUCUUCAAAGGGGAGUUUCUACGGAAGCCAACGGCCGAUGAUUGCCAGAGUCUGAUUGAUAUGCACGAGACUGUACAUCAUUUUUCGGGGAUGUUGGGAAGCAUCGAUUGCAUGCACUGGGAGCGGAGGAACUGCCCAGUGGCUUGGAAGGGGCAGUUCACUUCUGGUUUCAAAGGCCGACAUCCCACGAUGAUCCUGGAAGCCAUUGCUGACUACCGCUUGCGAAUCUGUCAUGCGUAUUUUAGGGUCGCUGGGUCGAACAACGACAUCAACGUUCUACGAUCGUCCCACCUGUUCAAUGACGAGAGCCAGGGUGAGGGUCCGCAAGUUAGAUUCAUGGCCAACGGCACGUAG